AUGCACGAUUUAAAAACUGAAACAUUCCCUAACUCCCCUCACUCACUCUCUGUUCAAGCCCUAGUUCUUCGAGAAGGAAAUCGUCCCUCGCGAACUCGACGACGAUCAGCAGUAAGACAUUUUGUUCAGCGAAAUGGUGAGAAAAACCGCGAAUCCGCCGCGAUCCCCCACGAGGAGUUCAAAAAAGUAAGUGUCUGGUCGAACACCAUUGAACAUUAUCGCAAUAACGACAGCUACUGUGGAAAGGGUUCCUUAUCUGAGGAUGAGACGAACACCAUUGAACAUUUUCUCGCGUCAUUCGCUGUCCGGGACACUGUAUGGCAGCAGGGCGUCGUGUCUGUCUCGGCCGAUGCCGUUUUAGAACUACUGUUUGACGAAGCUGUGAAAGGCGAAGUCAUCGACGCGUACCUAUAUCAUCUAUGCAGCAAUGAAUAUCAGCUCCAACACAAUCCGCAGGUGCGGUGUGGUUGUGUGCCAUGGUUCGUAGCGAAAGCCGUGAACGACGCGCUAUCACGACCAAGCAGGGGAGCGAAAAAGCCGAGCAUCAAUAAGGGUAAUGUACUCGCGUUUGCCAACUCGCUGCAAGUGACCGUAGGCCAAGAGAUUGCCGGAAUCAUGGACAAAAUCCGGUCUGGGUGCCGGUACAUAUUUCUACCCGUACACACCCGGUUCCACUGGCAUCUCUGCAUACUGGAUACCGUCAAACGUGUUGUGUUGGAGUGUAACUCAAUGCGCGACCCCUUCGGGCAGGGGAAUGCAAAGAAAUUGACGCGAUUUUUAUCGUUGUAUAUGAACGCGUCACGACUAUGGCCUAUGGUCAGCGACAUGCCCGAGUACAUUAGAUGCCGACACCAGGGUGAAACGUUGGACUGUGGACCUUUAGUCUGCAUGUUCGCAGAGUGUUAUGCGCGGGCAGGUCCAGAUGUCAAUGUCGUUGGUGUCCUCGGCGAGGACUUCGGCGAUGUCAAGAGCUACCGAGGCACGAUUGCGGCGAGGAUAUUGAAAGGUCCCCCCUUCUGAAACGUAGACCCCGAUGGAAAAAUAGGGCAGGUUAACACAUGUAAUGAAUUUGGAUUGAUUUGGGAAGUUUUUGCGUUGUGUGGCGAGGUGAUGGAUUUGUUGAAUGUCUUCAGUUUGGAUUGAUCUGGGAAGUUAUUGUGUUGUGUGGAGGUGAUGGAUUUGUUUAAUGUCUUCAAUUUGGAUUGAUCUGGGAAGUUAUUGCAUUGUGUAUCGAGGUGAUGGAAUUGGUAAAUGUCUUUUAUGUGGAUUGAUUUGUCAUCUUCAUUAUAUACCUGCGUUGUGUGGUGA